AUGGAUGACGAAGACUAUACGAUGGGGGAAGACUCAAUAAUCGUCUCCACGGAGCCCAACGGCGACCAUGCACCAGACACAGUCGUCCCAUCCGUAAUCUUUGGAAACGUCAAGGGCCCACCGUUGUCCAAACAAGAGCAGUUGCCAUUUCACAGCCCUUCCAAGGCCCCGUCGUUACUGCAUCCAAACUCCCACCAAAGCAACCCUGCAUCUCACAGGAGAACAAAUUCGCCUAGUAGCAGGUCUGAAAAAAUGAGUACUUCAAAGCCAACCCCACCUCGCCAUACAAGUCCGCAAGUUCGCAUACCUCCAAAGUCACGGUCUUCGCUUGUUUAUGCCACCUCAAAGACAGGUCUUGUUUACGACCCGCGCAUGCGCUUCCAUGCUGAACUCCCAGACAUGAAUAUCAAUCCGGAUGACAUUCAUCCAGAAGACCCGCGACGAAUUCAUUCAAUCUUUGAGGAGCUCAGGCAAGCCGGUUUGGUAGCUUCUAGCACGUCGGACGGGGACCAAGAAGACCAUUGUUGGAGGAUUGCGGCCCGCUUUGCAACCAGGCCAGAGAUACUGCUGAUACAUACUGAGGAUCAUUACAAUCUUGUGCGGUCGUUUCAAGACAUGACCCCCGAGGAGCUCAAGUAUGAGGCUGAGCGGCUCGACUCAAUCUAUCUCAACAACUCCACAUAUGAGUGUGCCAAGCUUGCAGCUGGCGGUGCCAUUGAAGCAUGUAAAGCGGUAGUGCAGGGAGUCGUGCGAAACGCAAUCGCCAUCAUCCGCCCUCCAGGACAUCAUGCGGAAAGUGAUCAGCCGUCAGGAUUUUGCAUUUUCAACAACGUUCCAAUCGCCACCCGCGUAUGUCAGAAUGCUUAUCCAGAAACCUGCCGCAGGGUCUUGAUUCUGGAUUGGGAUGUGCACCACGGCAACGGCAUUCAGCACGCAUUUUAUGACGACCCCAAUGUGCUUUACAUCUCACUGCAUGUUUUCAAGGGCGGAACCUUCUACCCUAACUUGCCCGACGGCAAUCUUGAUUAUUGCGGUGAAGGGCGUGGCGAAGGCAAGAAUGUAAACAUUCCGUGGGCAGAACAUGGUAUGGGUGAUUCAGAGUAUCUCUACGCAUUCCAGGAGAUUGUUAUGCCCAUCGCUACCGAGUUCAACCCGGAUCUUGUCAUCAUCUCAGCUGGAUUUGAUGCGGCCGAGGGUGACCUGUUGGGUGGAUGCUUUGUUACGCCUGCAUGCUACGGUCACAUGACGCACAUGCUCAUGCGCUUGGCCAAGGGGAAACUCGUUAUUUGUCUCGAAGGGGGAUACAACCUGCGAUCGAUCGCGCGCUCUGCACUGGCAGUAACGAAAGUGCUCAUGCUGGAGCCUCCGGACCGGUUGCGUGAUGACCUUCCGGCACCAAAGGACAGCGCGGUAUACACCGUCGAAAAUGUCAAACGCCAGCACUCAAAGUAUUGGAAAUCGCUCUAUCCCAAACACCUGGAUAAGGCGGAUCCCAGCUACCAGGAUACGUAUCGAUUGCACGAGAUCAUUCGAGAAUGGCAGAGUCAACGUCUGGCCGCAGAACACUCAAUGGUGUCUCUUCCGCCCCUUCAAAUCAACAAAGCUGGCUUGGCACAGACGUUUGAGCACAACAUUGUCGCCACACCGAACUUCAUGGAGGCCUUCCCCCUACUCGUCAUCUUCCACGACCCACCGAGUUUCCGAGAUCACUCUGAUCCUAUCUCGGGUAAGAGCGAGCUGCACAACACAUGGCUCACUGAUGUUACCAAGAGGUACAUUGACUGGGCCAUCAAGAACAAUUUCCAGGUUAUCGAUGUCAAUAUUCCUAGGGUUGUAGCGGUCGAGGAUCCUGAGGUUGGUUUCACCAAAUCAGACGACUCUGUAGUUCGCGCGCAGCAGACUCGCGAGCUCGCGAGCUAUUUAUGGGAAAACUAUAUCGAGCCGAAUGAAGCAACACAAGUCUUCUUGAUGGGUAUCGGUGACGCAUAUCUGGGGCUUGUCGACCUGUUGAGCCACAACGAAAACUGCACCGAUCCUGAGAGCCGGGUUGAAUGCCUUAUUGGGUUUGUGGCUGGAACGACGAUUCAGUCCAUCAAGCGGGCAACGGAUGACACCAUCUCUAGCUGGUACCACUCACACUCGAUGAUAUUCGUCAAGAACAGCCAUUUCGUGUGGGAUCCCAGCCGCCAGCGCAAGAUGCGCAAGAAGCUCGGCAACCUGAUCCAGUCGCCCAAGGAUACGCUCGACGACAUGCUGGAGCAGCAUCUCGAGGAAGUGCAGGACCUGCUUUGGGAAAAAAAGAGCGAGUUUGAGGAGUUGAACGAAAUCUCCAGUCGCACUGAAGAGGGCCCGCAGAACGUGGCUACAGGCCUCCAGAGCUCGCCUCUGCCGACUGCGCCUUACGCGUCCAAGCGCUUCGAGACGGCCAACGCUCCAAACGCCCUGAAAAGUCCUAGGAUGCCGGCAGUUGGCCUGUUCGCCGUCAGUCCCAAAACAUCGGGAGCCCGGACGCCAAUGAAGAGGCCCCCGGUUUGA